UUCUAAUCAGUAUACUGUCAGCAACUCUCGAAUACAUUCUCCAUUACUUUUGAGGUUAAAUCUUGUUGUUAUUUAUUAUUUUUCUUAAAAAAAAUACAUUGAUCUCAAAUAGUGUUAAAUUGAAAAGAAAGUGGGUUUUUUUUUCGUGUAUUAUCUCUUCAUCUGCCUUUAAUGUAGUACAAUGUCUCUAUCCGAACCAAAACGAAAAAAAUAUAUGAGUCAGGAGCAAAAGGAACUUCUUAUUGGAUUCAUGAUAAAUCACCCGAAACUACAAACUGGUAAAUUUAAUAAAACAUUUACAGUAAGAGAUUCACAAAGACUUUGGCAGGAAGUCACUCAAGAAUUGCAUAAAAUACCCGGUCCAACUAAGGAUUGGAAACAAUGGAGAAAAACGUGGCAGGAUUUGCGUAGUCUUGCAAAAUGCAGAGGCACUGGACUUAAAGACUUGUUAGAAAAAAUGAACAAAGGAUCAGAAAUUUUAUUAUCGCAAAACAAUAAAAAAGAAAUUUCACUUAAGGGAUCAACAACUGUUCAUUUUUCUAAAAAUGUAAGGGUACCUGAAGUAAUAUAUAGUUGGGAUAGUAAGACGAUAACCGAAGAAAAUUCCAACUUCGAAUGUUUAGAUAGCGAUGAAGAAUUGGUACGAAACAAUGUAGCACACGAAAAAAAACGACACGUGAACUCUGUAUGGCAGGCGGAAAGUGUUAAUAUUAAAAAAGAGAAGUUAAAUGAAAAGGAUAAUAAAAUGCCAAAAAGAAUAGAAAAUGUAAAUAAAACAGAGAUAACGCAAUUGGAAUAUUAUAAAGAAAAAUGUGAUUAUUAUAAGAAAAAAUUAAAAAUUUUAGAAAGAGAUGUAAUAGCGAAGGAACAAUUGAGUAAAGGUGUACAGGAACUUUGCACAAUUAUUCUUCAAAAAUUUUCCAAAUAAGUGCACUUUUCAUUACCAAAACAAUUUUGUUUCCUUAUUUCAAAUUCGUUUAAUUUCUUGUUUUUUUUUGUAAAUAUCUGAUAAAACCGUUCUUUCAUUUUCAAUAAUUUUUCAUUACAAAACAAUCCAUGGAAAAUAUUAUAAUUUUCUUUCUUUUGUAAAUAUCUGAUAAAAAAACGUUUUUUUUUUUAUUUUGAAUAAUUUCUCUUUACGAAAACAAUCCAUGGAAAAUAUUAUAAUUUCUUGUUUCACUGUGUUCAAAUGCAAUCUCUUCUAAUUUUGCAAUUCAAUACUUUAUUGUAAAUGAAUUAUUUAUAAUAAAUUACGAAAAUAUAAAUAAAUAUUUUUCAAGUAA